AUGUCUCGAAGACCGCCGCCCAAUCCCGCCGCCGAAAGAGCGGCCCAAAACUCGCAGACCAUCAAGAGUCUGUUGAAGCUGGAGUGCAACAAAGUCUGCUCUGACUGCAAGAGAAACAAACACCCGCGAUGGGCCAGUUGGAACCUCGGUGUCUUUAUCUGCAUUCGUUGUUCGGGCAUCCACCGCGGCAUGGGCACACACAUCAGCAGAGUCAAGUCCGUCGACCUCGAUUCCUGGACCGACGAACAACUCCAGAGCAUCCUCAGCUGGGGCAAUGCGCGCGCAAACAAGUACUGGGAGGCCAAGCUGGCGCCCGGCCACGUUCCCUCCGAAUCCAAGAUUGAGAACUUUAUCCGCACCAAGUACGAACUCAAGAGAUGGAAGAUGGACGGCCCCAUUCCCGACCCCGCCACUCUGGACGCCGACGGCGACGACGAUGUGCCCCUGAGCAUCGUGAAGGAGAAGCAGAACGUGGAGAGGCGGGAGUCGGUUCGCAAGAGUUCGGUUGGCAAGUCCGCCGCCCCUCCCAGGAGCAUCGCUGCCCCGCAGCCGCAGGUCGAUCUUAUCGGCGGUGAUCCCAUCCCCCGGGCAAGCACCGCCGGCCCGCAGCCCGGAAAGGUCGUCCCUCCCAAGUCUGAUCCGGCUCCCCCCAAGGCCACGAGCACGAAAGAUUCGUUGUUGGGCCUGGACUUCUUCGGAGAGCCCGCCGCUCCGCCACGACCUGCUAGCACUAACAAUGCCGGCGGCAUGGGAGCCCCCUCCAGGCCAGAUCUCAAGCAGUCGAUCCUGUCGCUCUACGCCUCUGCCCCGAAGCCGCAACCUCAGCAGCAACAAGCCCCUCAGGUCCCAGGUGGGCAGUUUGGCAGCAUGCCUUCUCCCACCUUUGGCCAGCAGCAACAGCAGCAGUCCUUUGGUGGCAUGAACGAUGCCUUCAGCAGCCUCAGCUUCUCUAACACCACCAGCCCCAAACCCGCCGCAGCCGACCCGUUCGCCAGUUUAGCCAGUCCCGUCAGCAGCAGGUCCCCGCCCCCAGCUUCCUCGAACGCCUUUGGCGGCCUCGGCGGAGGCAGCUUCUUCGACUCCAAGCCCGCCGCCGCUCCCGCCCCUCAACACCAGAAGCAACCAUCAAACAGCGGCUUCGGUGGAUUUGGCUGGUCCAGCUCCCCGGCCCCGGCACCGACUCAGCAACCAAAGCCCGCCCAGCCAGCGUCCUCCGGCAUGGGAGACCUGUUCGAUCUCUCCUCGCCCUCUCAACCCGCCGCCGCCCCUAGCCCUGCUCCCGCCGCCGCUUCCAGCUCCGUCUUCAACCUCUCGAACCAGCCAAAGGCUCCGUCUCCUGCGCCCAACCCAACAGCGGCUGCCACGAGCACCAUGAACUCGGGCAACUGGUCAGGUUCUGACGUGUGGGGAUCCAACGCAUGGAGCACACCUGAUACUUCCGCGGCGGCAGCGCCCGCUCCUGCGAAGGCCCCGGAGGCUCCCAAGCCCUCUGGUGGUUUCGGCGGCAGUGCCGAUAUUGGCGGAUGGGGUGCCUCUGGCUCUUUUGCCAGCACGCCCAUCGUCCCCGGAGCAUCUGGUGGUUUCAGCACCGCGCCCAAGGUUGCGGCCGACGAGGAGUUUGGAGGAUGGACGAGCAGCACAACCCCGCACGCCGGAUCAGGAUCAGCCAAGCCCAUCGGCGGCAACGAGGAUCUGUUUUCCAACGUCUGGCAGUAA